UAGCAGAGUUUUCGGCUGUGACCCUAGUGGUUGUUUGAUUUCGCAUUUAGCUGUCAUUUAACUACAUUAGCAGUGGUUUGUUAAGGUUGUUUGCAUAUACAAUAUCUAGUUAGCUUGCUAGAUAUGUAUUUACGUCACAUUUUGCGGACUCAGUUCAUCGGGUCAAGAGUUGCGCACCUGAACCUUGUUCACCGUGUUUGUCGAGCUCAGGUAUCCGUUUUCAACAUUAACCUAGUCAUUCUUAUAAAUAUAUUCUUUAUGAUAACUGCAGCCGUGCAAUUAGACAACAACUGUCCCACCAAACUUGGUUGUGGCAUUGGAAAACCUGCUCUGCCCCAUAAACCAGAGAGACAACUGUGCACCAAAAGUGACGAGGUUAGGCUUGCAGAGGAGGCCAGUAAGAAGUAUGGCUUCUCAGCACCAACCAUUUUCUCCAAAGUGAUUGACAAAAGCAUCCCUGCAGAUAUAAUUUAUGAAGAUGACAAGUGUUUGGCAUUCAGAGACAUCAACCCACAAGCCCCUGUUCAUUUCCUGGUUAUUCCAAGGCUCCCCAUUCCCAGAAUAAGUGAGGCCAAAGAUGAUGAUGCUGAGCUUUUAGGACAUUUGUUGGUUGUUGCCAGAAAUGUGGCAAAGCAAGAGUCUCUGAAUGAAGGAUACAGAGUGGUGAUCAACGAUGGAAAACAUGGAGCUCAGUCGGUCUACCACCUUCACAUCCACGUCUUGGGAGGGAGACAGAUGAAGUGGCCACCAGGAUAGUGGUUUCAUGAAUUUUCUGUCGGUCUGGUCUUAUUUGUUUCUAAUCCAGAGAUCAUGACAUUUUAUUCAUCUAAAAAUUCAGAAUUAUAGCUAUUGCUAUUGCAGGUGCACACAGCUUAUGACAUAUAUAUGUUCCAUCCAUCUAUUUUUCUAUACUGCUUAUCCCGUUCGGGGUCACGAGGGGGGCUGGAACCUAUCGCAGCUGCCAUUGGGUGAGAGGCGGGGUCCAUCGCAGGGGUGACAUAUAGAGACAGACAACCAGGCACGCUCACACUCACACCUACAGCCAAUUUUAGUGUCACCAAUUAACCUAAUGAGCAUGUGUUUGGUGG